GAAAGUAUUUCCUUUCCCAUUUGCAAACAGUCUUCUUUAAGUAUUUCAUUUGCGAAGCGGUGGCAAUGGCGAGUGUUAAAAAUAUUUUUUUUAAUUUUCUUUUUAUUGUCUAUUUUUGUAAUUGGUUCGAAGCAGUCGUGCCGUAUUUAUGCAAAGAGAAUAACAGAGUUGGCAAGUGCGAAUUACUAGAAAAUUGUGAAUCUUUGAAGAACACCAGAUUAGCGGCGGAGGUGCAUUUUAACGCAGAUUGCAGUCGUUCUGGACUGACAGGCACAGUGGUAUGUUGCCAGACACAGAGGAGAAGGUAUGUGCCAAAGACUACACCAAGAACAACAACCAGACGAACUACAACAAGAAGAAGAACCACAACAGUAAGCCCUCAAAGAGUUGGUUUAAAUCCCCGUGGAUUAGAGCUGUUAAACAAUAACAAUUGUGGUGCAAUCAAAAAUGAUCGUAUAGCUCACGCUGUAAAUGCGGUGCAGGGAGAGUUUCCAUGGGUGGCGAUGCUGCUUUAUGCUGAGAUGAAACCUUUGUGCGGCGGCUCGAUUAUAACAGAUCGCUACAUAUUGACAGCGGCGCAUUGUAUAAAACCCGAAUUGCAACGCGUUCGCUUGGGUGAACAUAGGAUAUCAACCAUAAGAGAUUGUGUUAGUGGUGUUUGCCAGUCGUUCGAGGAAUUCGGCAUCGAUCCAUAUCAGAAGCCACAGGUUCAUCCAAAUUAUAGGUCCCUGGCCAACUAUAAGGACAUUGCUUUGAUCAAACUUGACAGAACUAUUGAUUUUGCUGCUCAUCGUCAUAUUAAACCAGUGUGUUUGCCAAUACCACCAAUGAUCUCACCUGUAUUACCGAGUGAUGACUUGAUCUUAGCUGGGUGGGGAUUAAAAGAAAAUGACCUACCGGUUGACAUACUCCAGAAAGGUAUUAUGAAAUUGGAAGAGUUGAAUCGUUGUGAAACACUAUACUCUUUAUACAAGGUUGACGAUUCGAGGCUCUGCAUUCAAGCUGGUGCGAAUAAUUCGGUAUCUUGUCGGGGUGAUUCGGGUGCUCCUCUCUUCUGGAAAUCCGAAUACAUCAGCAACAAUUACAUAUUACAACGUUACACACAAAUUGGUUUGGUAUCCCUUGGUUACGGUAAAGAAUGCGGUAGUUUAACUUCCGAGCCGUUCAUGUAUGAAAAUGUCACCGAUUCCCUUCAGUGGAUAACAAAUGCUAUUUUAAAUUGAUAGAUAUUUAAGAGAAAAGAAAUAAGAAUAAAAAAUG